CAACUUUCAGUCCUCACCAUUCUUAACAAUGUACGAGAAACACAGCCGAUCAAAACAAGAACCAAAAACAGAAACAAAAAUCUGAGAUCUAGUCAUUAACACAGUUACACAGUUUAGUCCCUAAAUCACUAUCUAAUUCCAUGGUCAGUUGUUCAAACUCUGUAGAAAACAUGCCCAUGGUUCCAAGAUUUCUCCAUAGCCAAAACCGCCUCAAAGAUCUUCUCUUACUCUUCUCCACACUCAUCAUUUUCUACUUAAUCUUCCUUCUUCACCAUCUCCACACCCCUAAAACCACCUUCAUCCCUAACCCCGACUAUACCCCCACCACCCCACCACCCUCCACUAAUCUCUCUCUUUCACAUCUCUUUUUCUCUAUAGCCGCUGCUUCUUCUUCUUUCUCUCUCCGUCUUCCUUAUAUUAACCUUUGGUACAAACCCAAUUCAACAAACGCUGUAAUUUUCCUUGACACCCCAAUUUCCAGUACUCCUUCUGUUUCUUCACCUCCAAUUCUUGUUUCCUCUGAUACUUCGAAUUUUCCUUAUUCUUUCCCUUCUGGUCGCCGUUCAGCAAUUCGGAUUGCUCGUAUUGUUAAAGAUACUUUUGACUUAGCUAAAAAUGUAAACUUUUCGAACACCCGUUGGUUUAUUUUUGGUGAUGAUGAUACUGUUUUCUUCACGGAGAAUUUGGUUAGUGUUUUGUCUAAGUAUGAUUAUGAGAAGUGGUAUUAUGUUGGGUAUAAUUCGGAAAGCUAUGAGCAGAAUGAGAAGUAUUCUUUUGAUAUGGCAUUUGGGGGUGGUGGGUUUGCUCUUAGUGCUCCAUUGGCUAAGGUUUUAGCUGGAGUUUUAGAUUCUUGUUUGAUGAGGUAUCCUCAUUUGUAUGGAAGUGAUUCUAGGGUUUUUUCUUGCUUAGCUGAGCUUGGAGUACAUUUGACCCAUGAACCUGGAUUCCAUCAGGUUGAUGUUCGAGGAGAUUUAUUUGGUAUCCUUUCUGCACAUCCAUUAUCACCUCUGUUAUCACUUCAUCACUUGGACGCUGUGGAGCCACUUUUCCCUGGCAUGACCAGGAUUGCAGCCACGGAGCAUCUUUUCCAAGCUGUCCAUGCUGAUCCUGCUAGGAUUUUGCAACAAACAGUGUGCUACGACAAGUCCAACUUACUGACAGUUUCAGUUGCAUGGGGUUACGCAGUUCAGGUGUUUGAAGGGAAUGAACUUCUUCCAGAUCUCCUCUCACGACAGCCAACAUUUAGACCAUGGAAAAGGGGUAAAAAUGUUGCUGCAAAAUAUAUGUUUAACACUAGAGUCUUCCCCAGUGAUCCAUGCAAAAGACCUGCGGUCUUCUUCUUGCAAAAUGUUCUUUCUAGUAGAGAUGGCAUAUGGACUGAAUAUAUAAGACAUGAUCUUGGGAACUGCGUAAGAAGUAAUCUGUCAAAAAAAUUGGUAAAGAUAAGAGUCUUCUCGCAGAAGCUAGCUUUUGAUGCUGAACAGGUUCUCUGCUUGCAUUUGAAGCCACUUCGUCGACCAUGCUGUGACAUUUCAUCACCUAUCAAUGAGACGAUGAUAAUUGGUAUUAGACAAUGUGGGCAUGGCGAGUUGAUCUCAAUGCAGACUUAGAAAGAUCCUCGAAAUUGCUCUAGACGAAUGACCUGUCAAUCCAUGGCUGGACGGACGAGCAGGGAUCAUGCAGUCUCUUGACAGGAACUCUCUCGUCCGAUUUCUCAUUUUAUAAGAUUGCUAAAUUGAUACGCUGGAAAUUAGCUGGGGGGCAUAUCAGAGAAGUCCUGAAUGGUGUAUGCAUUGUUAAAGGAAAACUGCAGAACUACGCGUUCCUAAAUUUCUUGUCCUUCUGGCUCUUCCUUUUCGGCAUUUGUCCAAGUAUUGAAUGGAUUAAUUUGCAGCAGUUUGAUCUUAUCACAGCCAAGAUUUUAAGUUUCUUGCAACAAGUUUUUCAUUUCCUUUGAGACUGAAAGGAUUGUAGAGUUAAGCUUGUUCUCUUACUCAUGGUUUGGAAUAGUGAACAUCAUUUCCUUCUCCUUGUCAUUGCAGAUUUUUGCGAUUGUUACUCUACCUCUUCUAAUAUCAAGGCACCCUAGUAUGAGGGGGUAAUGUGUCUUGCAUCUCUUCUGGAAUGAGUACUAAUCACUCCUCAGACACCUUGGUCGCCUGUCAAUUCCAGCAGAUUGAAGUUGUUCUAUUCUUAUAGGAACUAUGAUUUGAUUUUAGGCAUUUGUAACUGGGGAAAGAUGAGUUGUAUAAAUAAUAACUUCAGCUGGAGCUUGUAUCAUGUAUCAUUUAAUGUUCAAUAAGAAAUUACUGUGGAUAUCAAGUUUUAUUGAAUCCUUAA